GCAAACACCACAAUUACAGCAAGAAGCAGAAGUCAGCUGAUCUUAACAAUGACUACUUCAACUGCCAUUGUCAAAUUAUUCGGAUAUGCACAUAUAAAAAAUGUUAAGUUUAUAGUUCAAUUUUAUGUUAUUUUAAUCUCACUAACAGAAUUCUCACUUGUUAUUUCAUAUUAAAGAUGGUUAAAUAGAAAAGGAAUAAUCAUAACCCUACUUUAUGGUUCACACUUAUCAUGAAAAGUCGACCCAUUAUCCAUUAGAAUUUCUCCCAAACAUACAACAAAAAUGGAUUUUAUCCCAGUGGAAGUGCAAGAUGGACAGGAAUUCAUUAAGACCAUAGAAUGGCACAUGAUGGAUAAGACGAAAUUCUUUCCCCUAUCUAUGCUUAGCUCGUUUAGUGUUCGGUGUGCUUUGUAUCCUUUGACUUUGAUUAAGACCCGGUUACAGGUGCAAAAACACAAUGACAUGUAUAGUGGUAUGCUAGAUGCCUAUGCAAAGAUAUAUAGGCAUGAGGGUGUUUCGGGGCUCUAUAGAGGUUUUUGGAUAUCCUCUGUCCAAAUAGUUAGUGGUGUAUUUUAUAUCUCAACAUAUGAAGGCGUUAGGCAUCUCUUAGCACAAAAACAUGUAGAUUCAAGGCUCAGAGCGCUGGUUGCUGGUGGUUGUGCAUCUCUUGUCGGGCAGACUAUUAUUGUACCUUUUGACGUUUUAAGUCAGCACCUCAUGAUGAUAGGAACUGUCACAAAGAGUAAACAAAAUGUAGCAUUUAACCCUCUAGGAAUAAACUUAUCUCCUGGUAGAAGUAAAGUGGCUAUAACUGCGGAGUUAACCAGACAAAUUUUUAAGAUGGAUGGUAUCAGUGGCUUUUAUAGAGGCUACUGGGCCAGUUUGGCAGCUUAUGUUCCUAAUUCAGCUCUAUGGUGGGGAUUUUACCAUUUCUAUCAAGAUGAACUCUUUAAAAUAAUCCCAUCCUGGGUUUCCCACUUAUUCAUCCAAACGAUUGCCGGAACGAUGGGCGGUUUUACCACAACAAUAAUCACGAACCCUCUCGAUAUAGUGAGAGCCCGUCUACAGGUUCAACGGAUAGAGUCGAUGCGGCUCGUAUUCUGGGACUUGUGGCGCGAGGAACGCUUUAGGAUGUUCACCAAAGGCCUCAGUGCCAGAUUAGUACAAUCGGCCACCUUUAGUUUUAGUAUAAUUUUAGGGUAUGAAACAAUCAAGAGGGUGUCCGUAAACGAUGAAUAUAGAGACCUUAUCAGAUGGUGAUACAUGUAGUGGUUAUUUUAGGCAAUUAUUUAUGCAUAUUGGCUAGAUUGUUAUUUUUGUCGGUAUGCGUGUGUUAAGGGUAGACUCAUUUCAACAAAAACGAGGUUGUUUUAAAGUCAGUUUGACAAUUUAAAUGGUAAGUUUUAUAUGUCAUUUUGGAAAAUGUGUUUUAUUUUUAAACGAGCUGUCUGGCCUAAAAUUGAGGGUACGUACCAACACACCAGAAAAAAGCAAGCAAACCCUAAGUUUUCACUAGUAAUAUUUAGAUGUGAUCGUGUACAUAUUUUUUAUGUUUAUGUAAUUAAAAUAAGUAUCCAUUAAAGGUUCUAAAGUAAUAUAUUUUUAUAGAUCCACAUUUUUCUUUGGUUGGUCUUUAGUCUAUUUAAGAAAUUUGUUUUUUUUGUGUACAAAUUAUAACAGUUUAAUUGUU